AGAAGCCAUACAAAGAAAAUCUUUUCUAUUUCUCCAUGCGAUAUUUUUGUGUUGAAUGUUGUAUGUUUUUGUCCGAGCAUCACGCAAGCAUAUAUUUAAAGUCGUCUCGUUUUUUAAUUUCUUCGUGACUUUUUUUUUUUUUGUAGAAAUGUCUAAAUCAGUUUUCCUUCUGGAACCAGCAGAAGGUUUUAGUGUUCGCGUCGCCUGUUAGCUGUUAGCAAACAGCACUGAGGAAAACAGCGAGCCAGAGGGACACUUUGGUGGAGAACAGACCGUUUCUGAUGGAGUUUAAGGAGAGAAAAGAGUAUUAUGUGAUUGCGUGAAAACUUCAGAAGGUCUCAGCGUUGGAGAAAAGACAACCGACAGAUGGAGUAAUCAACACAGUGAGCAGAUGGACUCUCAGUUUCAGGAUGUCCAGAACUGGUGUCCCAAACUGGACCAGGAGGACCUAAAGCCCCCACAUAUUAAAGAGGAACAGGAUGACGGCGAGAUUGUAGAAUUUAUAUUCAGUCCUGUACCUGUGAAGAACGAAGAUGGUGAAGAGAAGCCUCAGCUCUCAGAGAUUAAUCAGAGUCAGGCUGAGGAAAGCAGAGACUCUGUGGGGCCAGAAUCAGAUGAUGAAAACAAAACUUCAGAUUCUGUUGAGACGGACGUCAGUGAUGGAAACUGGGGUGAGAACACUGACCCUCAAUCAGGUUUAGUCUUUGUACAGAACAACACAUUUCCUGUAGUUGCUACAAGAUGUGAGACAGGUGAGAGGUUACACAGGUGCAGUGAAUGUGGCAAAACAUUUAAACACAGAAAAAAUUUGUUAAGACACAACCGAAUCCACACAGGAUUAAAGCCCUUCGACUGCUUCAUUUGUGACAAAGCUUUUAUAUGGAAAAGGGACCUAACACAACACAUGAGAAUACACAGUGAAGAAAAACCUUUCAGCUGCUCAGUCUGUGAAAAAAGGUUCAAAAAGAAAGAAGACGUAACUCGGCACAUGGUAUGUCACACUGCAGAAAAACCUUUUAACUGCUCCAUCUGUGGGAAGAAGUUUAAAAAAAAAGAAGACGUAACUCGGCACAUGAAAAGUCACACUGAAGAUAAACCAUUCAGCUGCUCCAUCUGUGGGAAGACGUUUAAAAGGAAAGAAAGUAUAAGUCCUCACAUGAGAAGUCACACUGAGGAGAAACCUUUUAGCUGCACGAUCUGUGGGAAGAAGUUCAAGAGGAGUGGGAGUGUACCCCGGCACAUGACAUGUCACACUGAAGAUAAACCGUUCAGCUGCUCAAUAUGCGGAAAAAAGUUUGGUCGGAAAGAAAGUUUGACGACUCAUAUGUCGCAUCACACUUCAGAGAAACCCUACAGCUGCUCCAUCUGUAACAAGGCCUUUACUUUGAAAGCAACUCUAAUGGAGCACACCAGAUUCCACAGAGAGGAUCGACGGUUUAGCUGUUCUGUCUGCAAAGCAUCUUUCAAAAAAAAAUACUCUUUAGUCGUACACACAAAAAUCCACACUGGAGAAAAGCCGUUUAGCUGCUCCACCUGUGGCCGAAGCUUCGGUCAAGGUGCAACUCUGAGGCGUCACAUGAGACGGCACUCUGAAGAAAAACCCUUCAGCUGCCCUUACUGUGAUGUCAAGUUCAAAUGGAAAAGUGCUUGUGUGACACACAUCAAAAAACAUGCAGCUGAAUAGGCUUUUGCCUUCACAUACAGAGCUAGAGGCUACAGUGGAGCUCAACUCACAUUAUAGCUGCUGUCUGGAAGCUGCUUUGACAGACAGACAACGUGGAAACAGAAAAAUGUGUUGGUUUUAGAUGUUCUAAAAAGUAAUCUCGGUGAGGAUUAGAUAAUUAUUUUUUCAUCUGAAAUAAGCUCCACUGCAUCUCUGAUCUCUGUAUGUGUGACUUAGUUUCAUAACUGACUUGUGCAUCAUCUCCGUGGCUGUUUAAAGGCCAAAGUUGCAAUUUGACAGAGUUAAAUGUUUAAGCCUACAAUAUAUGUUGAAAUAAUCCUAAUAUUGAAUGAAAUGGAAAUUGAAUUGAAAAUAAAAUAGUUGGUAAUAAUAAAAUGGAUUAGGAUUGUUGUUUUGUGAUUAUCUUGAAUAACUUUGUACUUGAUUUAGUCUCUCCCAAAAUUAGUGACUGAUAUGCUACCAUGGAAAUGUAUUCUGAGAGGUUAUCUUCUGAUGCUUGUAUUGUACAUUCAGGGGUCACUUUUAUUAACAUUGUUUUUUUCUGUAAUUCGAAAUAUGCUUUUAUUCUAGUGUUGUGUAUUUUGCAUUAUUUAUCUUGCAUUAAAAUCCUUCAAAUAA